UCGUUGCGAGGACAUUGAAAACAUUAAGAUUUUGGGUCCUCAUCCCCAGCUUCAGAGCUUGAAGAUAGAGGACUCCAUAUCAGUGGUGAUCAACUUUCCGUUUUGCUUUCCAAAUGAGAAGUCCUUCAAAACUUGACCUUACAUAAGUGCAGGAUCAUUGAAAGAAUUAAAAUUUUGGGUCAUACCCAGCUUCGGAGCUUGAAGAUAGAUGGAUGUACUACAGAAUUAGGGCGACUUGAGAUUCAUGCUCCAAAUUUGUUGUCUUUUGAUUUUACUGGGUGGGCGUUUGGGUCUCCUGUGUUAAAUGUUCCCCGGUUGUUGAAAGUAUCGAUUACUCCCUGUUUCUCUUAUCUUGAAAGUCUUUGGCUAAAGAUGGAGCAAUGGACCAUGUGCCUACAAACUUCCCAAAUCUCAAGAACUUGCCCUGAAAGUGAACAUGGCAAAACUUUCUUGGGUUACAACUAUGGCUCACUUCCUUGGAUGUUGCCAUCAUUUAGAAGAAAUUGUUUUUUGGCUUGACCAACAUAAUCCCGAAGGUUGGCUAAACCGGGACCCCAAAGUGCCCACAUAUUGCAUUGAAGACUGCCUUCGAACUGUGGUGAUAAGAAACUUCUCAGGACUGGAGGAGGAGGAAGCAUUCGCAGUGAUAUGGAGGGAUGUAAUGCAUUGGAGAGAUCGAAGGAAGAAUCAUAGAGGUCGGCUAAGUCUGCACUUUUGGGACGACAAACCACCUUCGUAUUGUAUAGGAGAUUACCUUAAAACUGUGGUGAUAAAAAACUUCUCAGGAUUGGAGGGUGAGGAAGCAUUCGUAAGAUUAUUGCUCAUAUUUGCCAUGGAGCUUAAGAAGAUCAUUGUCAGUUGCUACUAGAGCGUGCGCUUGGAGAGGAGGGUGCAAACAGCUCUCGAGAAUUUGUGACAACUAGUGACGGGUGUCGAGAUGGUUGUUUAUUUUGUUUCUACCCUAUAACUACAUGAGGAUGACUAUUCGACUCAAGACGGACUAGAUGACUGAUAACAGCUGAGUAUUAUGACUGUGACUUCGGUGACGGCUAUUUCGAGUAUGACACCUUUGAAAUUAAAGGUUAUUUUUAUGACCACAAAAUGAUCUUAAAUCUUAUGUUGCACUAAGUGUGCCAAGUCUUGGUUUGAGUUUGAUCCUUCAAUUCUUCUGUUGCAGUAAGUGCUUUCUUUUUAGGCAAGUUGAUACCAAUUCCAGUUUGAUUUUGCAUCUGGUCUUUAAACUAUUGUCCAUUGAUAUAAUGUAGAUAUCUGGAUAUUGUUCGUCUGCA